AGAUAUAGACCAAAUAAUGGGACUAAUGAGUUUUGAGAAGUUACAGGAGAAAUUAGAUUAUAAUCGAUGUCGUUUUAUGUGCUAUCGAUAUUUUAUAUUAAUUCAAUACUUUUUUUAUAAAAUAAUCGGACUGUCGCCUUGGACAUUUGACAUUUCUGAAAUAUUUUUGGGAAAUCAAAAACAUAACAAUAAUCAAAUUAUUAUAUGCAAAAUUUCAUUAUUUGGAUCAUGUUAUAACAUUUUGUUAUUUUUGUUUAUUGGCUUGACAAAUUUAUAUGUUCUUAUCGAUUCAUCAUAUACUCAUGUUCAAUCUGACUCAAUAUUGACAUCAACAGUAAGAGCUAAACUUAAAUUUAUUGCAAUACUUUGUGUAGCAUUUAUACAAAUAAUUUAUAUUAUACGACAGAAAUUAAUAAUCGGUGUUUUUAAUCGCUUAGAAAGUGUGGAGGAAAAAUUGAAAAACUACGCGAGUCCUAAAAUCGAAAAAAAUAAUUGUUAUAGUUAUUUGAUAUUUUUGGUGAAUUUUUUUACUUCGGCGAGUUUAAUGGUAAUGGUAUCAUACUAUUAUCAUCAUCGUUCGUACAUGAUUUUAUUUGUUCGAGUUUCACCUGAUAUUAUCGGAAGUUGGGUAAUAAUCCAAUACACUAUGCUAUUAAAAAUAAUUUAUAAACAAUUCAAAAGCAUUAAUGAAAGUAUUACAAAAUUAGGAAGUAUCAAAAGUAACGCAGAUCAAACUCAAACAUUGACUGAUGUGAAAAAAGUGCCGCUAAUAUUUGAAUUGGAUUUUGUUGAAAUAGAAAACAUUAAAUAUGCUUAUCUAGAAUUGUGUGAAGUAUGUGAAGAUAUUGCCGAUUUUUAUGGUUUACCCGUUUUGAUUUCGAUUAUUCACUAUGUCACAAUAACUAUAAUUCGAUUGUACUUUUUAAUUUUGUCAGCACUUCAAAUUAGACAAGUUGACAACAUAAUAUAUUUAUGCAGUGUAAUAGUUAUAGGAUCGGCAGUUUUUCUAUUUAUGGUGUUAACUUCUAAUGUUUCAAGAACGACAAAACAGAGUAGAAAAAUAGGAAUAACUAUAAACUUACUUAUGGAUCAAUGUAUAAUGGAUCAAAAAAUUGAGAAGCAAUUGGCUAAAUUUUCGAGUGAUAUCUUGCAUUUAAAAGUUGAUUUUACCGCUUGCGGUAUCAUACCAUUAGAUCGCACACUUCUAGCAAUGAUUGUUGGUACUGUGGCAACGUAUCUCGUUAUUGUUGUUCAAUUCAGUUUUAAUAACCGUUUUUGUUUGAAGCAAUAUUCUCAAUUCCGGUUUCGUGAAGUUAACAUUUCUAUCUUUUAUAUUUUUAUAACUAUAAACUAUAUAAUGGAACUUGUAAAUUUCAACAAGUUAAAAGAAAAAUUUAAUUACAAUCGAUAUCGUUCAGUGUGCUAUCGAUAUUUUAUAUUUUUUCAAUAUAUUUUUUUAAAAAUAGUCGGAUUAUCGCCUUGGGCAUUAGAUACUUCUGAAAUUUUAUUAAAAAACCGACGACAUAACAAUGUUCAAAUUAACGAAUGCAAAAUUUCAUAUGUUGGGUCAUGCUAUAAUAUUUUAUUAUUUUCAUUUAUUGGUUUAUCGAAUUUUUAUUUUCAAUUUAAUUCGUCAUUGGCUCAUGUUCAAUCUGACUCAGUAUUGACUCCUGCAAUAAGAGCUAAACUUAAAUUUAUUGCAAUACUGUGUAUUAAAUUUAUACCUCUCAUUUAUGUUUUUCGGCAAAAAAUAUUAAUUAGCGUUAUUAAUCGAUUAAAAUGUAUGGAUGAAAAGUUGAAAAAAUGUGAAAAUUAUAUAAUAGAAAAAAAUAAUUAUCACAUAAAUUUAAUAUUUAUUAUCAAUUUUUUAUCCUCUGCUUGUACGAUAUCGAUUUUACUCUAUCACUCACAAUUUUCAAUCUUAACGUUACUUCUUCGCGUUUCACCGGAUUUUAUUGGUGGUUGGGUAAUAAUACAAUACACAAUAUCAUUGAAGAUAAUUGAUAGACGAUUUAAAAGUAUCAAUUCUACUAUUACAAAAUUAGGGACUUUUAAUAAUGAAAGGAAUGUAGUAAAAACGUUAUCAGAAACACAAAUGUCACUUUCACAUGAAAUUGAAAGUAUAAAGUACGCAUAUAUAGAACUGUGUGAAAUGUGUGAAGAUAUUGCUGAAUUUUAUGGAUUACCAGUUUUGAUUUCUAUCAUUCACUACGUUACAAUAAAUAUAAUUCGAUUGUACUUUAUAAUUUUGUCAGCACUUCAAAUAAAAAAGUAUGAAAAUAUAAUAUAUUUGUGUAAUGGAAUCGCUCUAUCAUCGGCGGUUUUUUUGUUUAUUGUAUUAACUUCUAGUGUCACAGCAACAAUAAAGCAGAGUAAAAAAACAGUAAAAGUUACUAAUUCACUUUUGAAUCAAUGUACAGUGGAUCAGGAAACCGAAAAACAAUUAACUAAAUUGUCGAGUGAUCUUUUGCAUUCAAAAGUUAAAUUUACAGCUUGUGAUAUUAUACCAUUGGACCGUACACUUUUAUCAAUGAUUACUGGUACCAUUGCUACGUAUCUUGUUAUUGUUGUUCAAUUUCGUAUUAAUUCACCUUCUAAUUAAUGUAACAUAUUUCUAAAAGUCUUGCAUUUGUGUGCAAAGGUUAUUGUUAAAAUCUAUAAUUUAUUUGUAUAAUUCUUAUUUAUCUCAAAAGUCAUAUUUAUUAAUUAAUAAUUAAUAUUAUUAAAAAAUAGAAUUGAUGUCUCUAGGAAUUUUGAUAAAAUGCUUUAUAAAACGCAAAAAAAAAAAAUGAUUCUAUCGUCCAAAGAUACUUUAAUUACACUUAGUAUGGUAACAAUAUAUUUUAUAUUAUUCAUACAUCAAAAUAAAGUAGAGGGUCCAAAACCGAUACUUUUAUGCUAUUAGUGCAUAGUGACAGCCCUGGUUACACAAACCGAUUCACUCAAUGAUGAAUGUAUAUCUAUAUAAGAGGAAAAUUGAAUCGUUUUGAAUUGUUUUGAAUCGUUUCUUUCAAUCAGAGAGACAAAUUAAUUAUAUUAUUGAUUAAGAUUAUUAAUUAAUAGACAGUAUUAUAUUUUUUUCAUUGUAAAAUGAUGUUAUUUCAUCAAUGUAUAUGAUUAGUAAAAACUAUUUAAAUUGAGUGCAUAUUGAUAUGAAAAUAUAUGUAUGAAUAUACCAUAGAACAAUAACAUAUUGGUUUAUGUUUAAGGUGAACAAAACACGAACAUCAACCACGUGAUAUUAUUGAAACUAGAUUUUUUUAAAUCGAUGACAUUUCAACAGCUUUUAUUCGCACACGUAAAAAUCAUAUCUGCUUGAAACUAGAUAUAUGAGGUAUAUAUGUAAUAGUUUUGAACGGAUAUAGAUUUUUUUCGCACAGGAUUAUAAUAUAUAUAUAUAUAUAUAUAUAUAUAUAUAUAUAAGUCUUCAUUAAAAUAACUACAAUUUUUAUCCAUAUUCUCAUUAAAUAUAUCGCUAAGUAAUAUUUUUUCAACUUUGACAGUAAAUUUUAUGAGGCUCAUAUUAUUCCAUUGAUAGAUCAUUUUCAAAAGUAUUACUGGAUUUCAGGCUCAAAAAUAGCAAAACUGUUGAAAAAUAAAAAUUUUAGUUGAUUGAAAAAUUUUAAGUGCAAUAAUAGCAUUUAUUUGACAUGAAUAAUUUUUUAUCGUCUUGCGUUUAAUGAUUUUAGAAAUAUAUUAAUUGAUUUUAGCAUUUAAAAUUCAGCUGCUGGUAGUUAGCAGCUCAAUUGAUAAUUCUACUAAAUAAUAUCGCUGAAUUAUUUAACAGUAUUAAUUUUACUCUUUUAAUGUUGA